UUCUAUACAAUUAAUCGUAAAUCCGAUACCUACUCGUAACGUGCAAAUGCCAGUGUCGCAUCAUUCCGCUCACCGGGACCUGACAACCUGUAAUCGUCUGUUUAUCCUGGAUAUAUAGGGACUUCAGGCUGCUAUAAGUGCGAUGUAGAAUUGUAGUGAAUAUUGGUUUUUGCGAUCUAAAUCUCAACUAUUUUAUUUACCUUUAUAUAUUCUUUCUUUGUUUCUUCCCCAUUUGCUAUUGUUGUUGCAGCAUGCAGACUUCGACUGCUUCCCCGUAGAGAGAAACUGGUGGUGCCUUGCAUUUAGCUUUUUAGUUACUCAUCUCAGAUGUUUGUCUGUUCUCACGGCACUUCACGGUCGUUUAUGGCUAUCUGUCCAACGUACAAGUUUGAUUGCUGAUUUGGAUUUCGUCCUCGUUUUCAUAGAAAACAGGAUAAUGAAUGACAUUAUCCGAUUAGGGUUACUUGUUUUGGGACAGCAGCUUAAACGUACGCGAUGGACGCAUCCGUUAAUGGAGACCCCAAGAACGUCGACGGUUUCCACCGUGCUUAAAGACUGUGGCUCUCAUCAACAGAGGCGAGCAUUUCAAGUGUACGCUGCUACUUGUGCUCCUCCUCCAAAAAAGACUACAGGAGCGUUUAAGGCUGGAAUGACUGUAACAAAGAAGAAAAUUGAAGUAGAAAGUGAUCCUCACAAACUGGUUAAUUACCUAUGUGGCGGUCAGUAUUUGAAAGAGGGACCAGAAAUCAAGUUAAAGCCCGACAACGAAUAUCCCGACUGGCUGUGGAAUUUGCGCACCGGUCCACCGCCCCCGCUAAGCGAACUGGACCCUACGACCAUGGAAUAUUGGAAUAAAGUGGUUCUUAUGAAGGAAAUCGAACGGAAAAUGUUGCUGAAAUCGGUGCGCGGACGUUACUGGGAAUUGCGAAUGGCGAAACGCGCAAAAGAUAAAACCUACUACCGACAGCGCGUGGCCGUGUGGAAAGCUAGCGGUCAGCUGCUUCCUCGUAAAAGAUACAAUUAUGACAAGAUAAUUGAGAAAAUGUCUGCUUCUCUCAGUAGCAAAUCUUAAUCGAUAAUUUGUACAUGUAAUGCAUCGCUUCCUCUGAAUGUCAUAUCUGUAACACUUUAAUUACUUUAGUACACCAAAAUCCAGUCGAACAAAAUAGCAAUCAGAU